CAGAUUUAUGCCUGUGAGUUAUCAGGUUUAGGAGUUAGUUGCUGCUUUGCAAAACAUGGAGGAACAUCCAACAUAUUUCUGAAAUAUUAAGACAGACAUCCACUUGAUCGGCCAUUUUAAGAAUUCCCAGAGCGUCUUCUCCAAUUUCCUCUUCCUCUUUCAUUGGUUAUCAAGAUAACUUAGCCAGUGUCUCUGGGCUAAACACAGACAACGACAGUCGACAGAACUAUCUCACUGCAAGAUGCAACAUUUGUGCAAAUUAUGGUGACACUGCUUUGUAAACUGUUUUCAAGGUCAAGAAACAAAGGAGAAUUAUGUCUUUCCACUCUUACACGUCUUGGUUUCAGGUCCAUGAAGAAUUUAAGAACUUUUACUUAAUUUCAAUAUGUAGAUAUUUAGAUUUAUUUCCUGUGCGAAUAUUCUGCAGAUGAUUAUUAUGAUGAGCUCAUUUUUUCUAGUUGCGCUCUUGAUGUUGCAUAACUUGACUCUACAACGUAAUCCUAGAUCUUAAACAGUGUAGAUUUUGUGUUUAAACUCCCCCCCAAAUUGCCAGUUCAUGUUUAAUUUGGCUCAGUGAAACACACUGUGGACCAGGCGCGGCUGCAACUCAUCAAGUUCACGUAUUAAUCACACCUGCUUCAUGAGCAGCAGCUCUAAUGGGAUAACAUUAGAAACGAAUCAUUUCUUCUUGUGAGGGUGUUGAAACAGUUGGUGGCUGACAGCUUAAGUGGGUUGCAUGAGAGUGUAUGAAGAACAGAACCAGAUAAAGUGUAGCGGUUUGUUUAGUUAAGAGGAAAAGAAUAAACAGAUCGUGCCAGGAAGACAGCAGGAUCUGGACAAUCUCUUCUCUCUGCUUCCCCUCCUCCUCGUUAUAUAACUCCACACUGACAGGAGGGUCAUUUCCCUGUUUGGACUCUUUCACACAAGUGGUUUUUCCUUUUCUCCAGCAUCUGUGUUCUACAGCGUAAUACGAUGGGUUUGAGGAUCAUGGUUUUUCUGGCUGUGUUAACAGGGGUAACUGGGAGCCCCAGUGUGACAACCAGACCUGAGUCUGACUCAGCGGACAUGUCAGCUCACCCCAACAGUGUACCAGAGACGGUAGAGGAAACAGAGGUCAUUGGGCAGAACAAAGUACCAAUAGGAUUGGAGCCUGAGGAGGAUGUGAUGGCGACUGGCAAGCUGAACCCCAAUCACUACCCCGCUCAGAGGGCAGCCAAGGUGGUCCAACACUACCUCAACACCCGCUAUGGCUCACCAUACAGGGUGUUCGGACUGCAGAAGGUCCACAGCGGGAACGCAGAGGAUGUGGCAGACUCUGGAAGAAAGUAUCAGUUGGACAUCACGGUACAGGACGUCAUGAGCAAAAGUACAGAGAAAUGCUCCGCAGAGGUUUUUUUUCCAAAGGGGAAGCAGCAGGAGCAGAGCUCACCCCAGGUCCAGGCCUCGAGUGAGGAGCUCCGAAAAAUCGACACAAACGCUCAAGAAGAGGCCUUUUACCAACAGUACAAGAACCAAAGCCUGCUGUCAGCACAUUUACCUGAUAGCUACGGUCGCAUUGAGCCUGAGAUGGAGCCUCUGUGGCACCUUGGCUCUGUGGCCUCCAGCUUCACCAUGCUGAACGAAUCAACUGAAAACACUCUGUACAACAUGGCUCAGGUGGCCAACAUCACGCAGUUGGAAACUGAGAACGACCAGCUGAAGUUUGACUAUCACAUACUGCUGCAUGAGAUGGUGUCCCAGGAAAUCAUUCACUGGAAACUGCUGUUCAGCUGGUCUCCGUCAGAGGGAGUUAAAGUGCUGCAGAUGGAGAAGCUUCCUCACUGCCAUGACUGUGAAAAACCUCCAAAUACAAACUAAACUGCUGACGUUCAUCGCACUGCAACUACGACCAAAAACAAAACCUUGAUGCUCACAUCUUGUGUUCAGGGGUGGGGGGAAUCAGCUGUUGACGCUUGCAGCAUAAAACUUUUUGAACUACAGAAAGGUUGAGUUUGUACUAUCAGGAAUCAGAUUAAUCCAUCCUACAUAAUGAUAUGAUAUGCUUUAAUUGUUCUGUACUCUUGGUUUAAGCAACCGGAGUGUUUAACCAAAAUAAAGUGUUUAUACCUAUU